UGCUCUCUGCCGUGCAUUUGGCAGUAGAAUACGAGUCGAUGCGUUGAAUUCUUACUCUUUCCUGCAUUCAACAAACGGCGUCGUAUUGUACAUAUGCAAAAUUUACGGCUUUUCCGACUAUUUGCAUCGUCGAAAGUGCCAGGACCGCGUUGGCAGAGCACCAAUCCUCUGAAGUCAGAAUAUCUCGAUAUCCUUGGGGAGCGCCAUGCGACGGACGACAUAACAAAUGUCACACCAGCCAUCUUGUCUAAAAUUCCGCUGCGCCUCCACAGUCAGGCUAAUCAUCCGCUGGGCACCUUGCGCUCCCUCAUCGAGUCACAUUUUCCCGACUAUGCUCAUUUGUCUUCCCUGUCGCCUUUGGUCACCCCCUUCAAAAAUUUCGAUGAACUCUCCUUCCCGAAGGACCAUCCAGGGAGGGCUGUGACCGACAGCUACUACAUUAACAGAGGAUUAAUGUUGCGGACACACACAUCCACGCAUGAAGUCGAAGUCUUUGCGCAGGGGAAGACCAAAUGGUUGUUGACAGCAGACGUGUACCGCCGCGACGAAAUAGACGGGUCGCAUUAUCCUGUGUUCCACCAGAUGGAGGGCGCAUGCAUCUGGUCUGCCGACGCAUCCGGUAUGAAGGAGGUCGAGGACGAUAAUGAACGUCUGUCCAGUCAUUUGAUCCGGUCGAACAUCGUCAUUGAGGAUGUACCCCAUCUUUCCCCCACGAAUCCGGUCCAGCCAAUGCAUGAUCCUUGUUAUUCCGAGCUAGUCGCCAAAAAUUUGAAGCUCUCGCUGAACAGCAUGAUUUUACAUCUUUUCGGUGGUAUUGGCGGCGCUACUAAAGAAAAUCCCUUGCGGAUACGCUGGAUCGAGACGUAUUUCCCUUUUACGAGUCCCAGCUUUGAGGUUGAAGUAUUCUUUGGAGGCAAAUGGCUAGAAAUCCUGGGAUGUGGCGUGGUACGACAGGCCACUUUGGAUACCGCUGGCGUUCCUCAUAAGAUUGGCUGGGCAUUCGGACUGGGUCUAGAGCGGAUUGCGAUGGUCCUCUAUUCGAUCCCUGACAUCCGUCUGUUCUGGUCCACCGAUACUCGGUUCUUAUCCCAAUUUAAGCAGGGGGAAAUUAGUAAAUUCAAGUCUUACUCAAAGUACCCUUCGUGCUUUAAGGAUGUUAGUUUCUGGACCGCGGAAGAUAUCAGUGUCCAUGAGAAUGACUUCUGUGAUCUUGUCCGCGACGUCGCUGGGGAUCUAGUGGAAGAUGUAAAGAAGCUUGACUCAUUUGUCCACCCCAAAACGAAUCGGACGAGCCUCUGUUAUCGAAUAAAUUAUCGGUCUAUGGAUCGCUCUUUGUCAAAUGAAGAGGCAAAUGGGGUCCAACAGGAAGUGGUCUCUCGACUGAAGGAGCGGUUCAGAGUAGAGAUUCGUUGAUUAGCAAGUACUAACUACCUUACGUUCUAGCAUCCUGAGUACAUAAUGGAUUAACAUCGCCAUUUCCCGACGUAAGGAUCGAAGGCGUAACACCGUAGAUCAUGAUGUCUCCUGGGCCACUCCAACUUGUGCUGCUCUAAGAAUACGAUCCUUAAUGGUGUAUCCAUUUUUUUGACAAUCGAUGACUGUCCCGGCCACCUUCCCAGGUAUCGGUGCUUGGUAGAGCGCCUCGUGACGAUUAGGAUCGAAAGGGUCACCAG